CACUAUCUUCUAUUCAAGAGAGUUUACUUGGAAGAAGACAGAGGCAGCCAAGGCAGACUGAAUAUGUCUUUGGAAAAUAUGUUUGUGAGCAUUCAUAUGUGUAUGUAAACAGGUGUUAAACCAGCUGGUAAAGACAUGAUUGGAACACUUGAAGAAAACAAGAAGAAUUGGUCUAUAGUGGACAGUGAAUUUAGCCAGCUAUCUGUGUUGAUAUGGAUGGCUCCAUGAGAGGAGUAUCACUCCUGGAACUACAAAGGACUACCAGAAACCUUUAUAUACUGAGAGCAGAAUGACGGAUGAUGAGGUCCCAGUGUCAGAGGCUCCAGCAGAGGCUGAUGAGGAAGUCCAGCCCUCUAGAGACAGUCGCAAAUUGGACUGCAUUAUCUGUUACAGCGCCUACAACCUUGCAGAGAGGCUCCCGCGAAAGCUGUACUGCGGCCAUACGUUCUGUCAGGCCUGCCUGCGGCGACUGGAUACGGCCAUCAACGAGCAGUUAUGGAUUCCUUGUCCACAGUGCCGGCAGAAUACUCCUCUGCCUCGCGGGGGUGCCACUGGCCUGGACCUGGAUCUGGCUGCUUUCUUGGGCAUCAAAGCCGAGGCAGAGAACCAAAGAAGCAGCCCUCAGAAAACCCAACUGCAGACCAAGUCUUCGUUCGUUAAACAGCCAAUCACAGAUCAGCCUCCUUCCGCCUGGGCCAAUGUUGCGCUGGCAGAGCCCCGUUUCCAUAGGAGUCCUUGCUGUAGGCGGUGUCUGCUCUGCUGCUGGUGGUGGUGUUAG